AUGUCUGAGAAGCUGAAAGAUUAUCAGAUUCGAUCGGUGCUAAGAAUUGUUUUUUUUUUCUUUUUUUCUUUCUUUCUUUCUUUCUUUCUUUCUUUCUUUCUUUCUUUCCAUUUUAUUUCUUUCUUUUUGUCUGAUUGUCUUUUCAUUAUUUGCAUUCUUUCUUUAUUUCAUUCUUUCUUUCUUCCUUUAUGUCUAUCUUUCUUUUCAUUAUUUAUUUGCAUUCUUUCUUUAUUUCUUUUUUUUCUUUUUGUCUGUCUGUCUGUCUUUUCAUUAUUUGCAUUCUUUCUUUAUUUCAUUCUUUCUUCCUUUAUUUCUUCUGUUUAUCAUUUCCCUCGUGUUCUUUCUUUCGUUCUUUCGUUCUUUCUUUCGUUCUUUCGUUCUUUCUUUCGUUCUUUCUUUCUUUCUUUCGUUCGUUCUUUCUUUCUUUCUUUCUUUCUUUCUUUCUUUCGUUCUUUCUUCUGUUCUUUCUUUCUUUCUUUCUUUCGUUCUUUCAUUCUUUCUUUCUUUCGUUCUUUCUUUCUUGCUUGCUUCCUUUUUUUCUUUUUCCUUGCACUGUUUUUGUUUCUUUCGUUAUUUGUUUCUUUCUUUCGUUCUUUCUUUUUUUCUUUCGUUCGUUCGUUCGUUCGUUCUUUCUUUCUUUCUUUCGUUCUUUCUUUCGUUCGUUCGUUCUUUCUUUCUUUCUUUCUUUCGUUCUUUCUUUCGUUCUUUCUUUCUUUCGUUCUUUCUUUCUUUCGUUCGUUCUUUCUUUCGUUCUUUCUUUCGUUCGUUCGUUCUUUCUUUCGUUCUUUCUUUCUUUCUUGCUUGCUUCCUUUUUUUCUUUUUCGUUGCACUUUUUCUUUCCUUUUGACUUCAUUCAUUCUUUCAUUCAUUCUUUCUUGCUUGCUUUCUUUCUUUCUGCAGAGAUCAUCAUUCGAUUUUCUUUCUUCUUUUCUCUCAUACUUUCGCUGUCUAGAUUUCUUCUUUCUCGUUUUCAUUCGUGAUUUCUUUUUUGCGUCCAAUUCGAGUUUGUCUUAUGGAACUUUCCAACAAAGUGAUCUCUGUCGUUUGACAAGCAGCAGCGAAUACACCAAAAUCCGAUCAAAAGAAAUUUGCCUGUCGUCGAACGCCGUUAGAUUCAGACAAAUUGAAUAA